GAUGAUUUGAAACGCUGGUCGGUUGCCGCAAAUAUGAAACCAAAAUUUCAAGCGAGAACCAUCAGGCUCCGUGGAUGAAGUAAUAAAUGACCAGUGCGAAAUCCCAUUUCCAUCAGGGGCCUCCGCGCAAACUAGCCGAGGACCGGGGACCGCCGACGGAGGUCGCCGGGGAGGAUCUCCUAUUCCGCCGACGGCGUCUUUUGGCUCCUCCCGUCUAGGUACGUAGGUGGUUUGACUGACUGUGACCUUUUACGGGAAGCUUGUGAUCGUUUGAUGCGCUGAGACCAUGAAGCGGCAAGUGCAGGGGAUUUCGAGUGGCAUGCACAGAUACACGCACCGCUGCGAGAGUGGAGUUAAUAUUCAUGAUGUCUUUGUCGAGAGGAGCGCGCUCCGGGUGCUGUUUUCAUAUGUCGGUGCCAUGUGUCUUCUUGCGAAUGUUUGCCGUGCCUUCUUGUCAAAGGAGAGUUUAUGCCUUGGUUCCUUUUGGAGUGUUCCAUUUUCUGCUAUCGUUGCUAAAUUCUUGCAAUACAAGCCUGUGAAGAAAGAGUCAUUGGUGAUCAUGCCAGCUUUUGGUAUUCAGCUAGAACCACAUUUUUGGAGUGGACGAGUACAUCGCAAGUUCAUGCCCAUCGGCAAGAUCCUAAAGCCGGUGCUAAAUGAGUGUGUGACCCCUGUUACAUGCUACUGGAGCUUGGCAUUGCUUCUACGCGAUGAAGACGAGACCAUGCUUGUUUUUCAGCCAUGCCGCCGCCGUCGUCGUCAUCAUCAUCAUCAUCACGAGGAACUCUUUGAGACGAGUGUUGCAUGGGCUGGAGCAGACAAGCCACGAGGUAAUAUCGCAGGCACCCUGUGUUUCAUUUGCAUCCCCAGCUUUCAUCAGAAACCUAAACUAAACAUUAGCAAUGGAUCCUAUCGUAUGGUGUGUGAUUCUUCUUCUUCUUCUUGUGGUGUCACCGACGGAGAAGGCAAGCGGAUCCGACCGACACACACGGGUCUGGUCACUGUCGACGCGGGGCCUGAGUAUGCGAGCGCAAUGAUGGCCUUGUCUGUCUCUGCGAUGCAAUGGGUGACACCUGCGUAGUCUAGAGAAAAAUGGUGUAGGAUAAGGCAGCGAGCGAGCUUCCACUAUUUAUGUGUUUUCUCCGGUUCUGUUGCUGGAUCAGGGGUCAAAGUCACCUUCUUCUUCUUCUUCUCACUAUGACAUGACAUGGCUUAUGUAACGUUAAAGAGGAGCGUGUUUUUCUUUCUUCCUUGAUCACUCAUUUUCCGUUGGUCUGGUUCACUCAUUUUGGUGGCUAGAUAGAGACCAGACUGUAGAGGUGGAAAACACGAUCAAAUCACUGGAUCGGUUUUUAGGGCAUCUUCAACCACAACCUGUAAAUUUAUUUAAAUUUAUUUUUGCAUCUGUUCAUAAAUAAAGGGAUCAAUCCAUAUA